GAAAUUUCAACCGUUAAUAUCUGAAAAACACAAAUAAAAUUCAAGAAAAUGUUUAAUUUCAAUAUACUUUUUGUGGCAACUUUGAUUGCUUCGUUAGCACUCGUCUCUUGCAAUACUAAUGCUAUCGCAGUAACUGAUGUGGAAAAGAAUGUUGUAGAUACUAAUCCAGCUGAGAUUGCCGUCUUAACACAAUUGAAAGUUAUCGAAUCUGACUCUGGUGAUGCCAUUUAUACCUAUAAAUGUACCGUAGGAAAUUACGUUUCAAGUCGUUUGGCUUGUACUGCUCAAGAUAGCACUUCAUGGAACUCUCUACAUAAUGUUGAAUUAAAAUUACGUUGUCCCAGAAGUGGAAGUGGCUUGACAUUGUCAUAUGUUGAAAUUAUUUAUUCCGUAUCAUCUGCAAGUGUAAAUUGUUAUGUUAACGAGGGAGCUGUCGGUUUGGGUUACAUUGGCGUAACCAUCAAUGCUUGGAAUACUUUGAUAUUUAAUUAUUCGGCUAAAUUUUAUUCCUAUUAAAUGAAUCCAUCUUAAAUACAAUUAAAAUGUUUUAUUUACA